CUCUGAGUGCGUUUACGCAGCGCGCGCCCUAUCGACGUAAACACGUGCACUUCCAUGGUUACAGGUUUCUCUUUUUUCUCCUCCACCAUCCGUCUCCCUUUAUCGCAUUAUUCCCUGACAACUGCAGCGAUGGCGGAACCCGUGGCAUCGGACGCAAUAGCAACAGACGCAAUAGCAACAGACGCAGCUCUUUCUCCGGCUGUAAGCCCGGGUUCGGAGCCUCCAUCCAUGGCGCUCUCUCCUUCUGCAGGCGGCUCCCAGCGGCUUCUUUUCUCCCACGAUUUGGUGUCAGGUCGGUAUCGCGACUUGGUCCGGUUCGGCCUAGUCAGAAUGAUACAAGGCGAGGAGGAGUUUGAUUCAGACUCGGACCUCGACGAUGGCGGAGGUAGAGGCGGUGGAGGAGGUGGCUGUAUCCCCUGUAACUCGGACACCGAGAGCAGUGUUGUGGACAGCCUGGCACCUCUGGGAAGGGGUUUUGUCCGGGUGCAGUGGUACCCAGAAGGAGGGAAACAAGACAUACGGGAAACAAAGCUGAAACUUGUAGAUCGAUCCAUCGUUAUCCGAGACAUUGUGCGGCGGAUGAAUUCUAACGACAACCAGUGUGGCAUCGUGACCAACAUCGACAUAGAGUGUGCUGUAAAACUAGUGGGUACCAACUGUGUCCUGUACCCCGUCAACAGUAAAGACCUACAUCACAUCUGGUCUUUYAUGUAUGGGGACUACAUAGCCUACGACUUCUGGCUGGGGAAGGUGUACGACCUGACCAACCACAUCAUCCUCAAGCUGUCCAAUGGAGCCAGGUGUUCCAUGAAUGUGGAGGACGGCGCCAAGCUGUACGACGUCUGUCCACACGUCAGCGACUCGGGUCUGUUCUUCGAAGAGGCCUACGGUUUCUACCCAGGCCAGGUGCUGAUYGGGCCGGCCAAAGUCUUCUCCAAUGUCCAGUGGCUCUCCGGGGUCAAGCCCGUACUCCGCAAGAAGAGCAAGUUCAGGGUGGUGGUCGAAGAGGUCCAGGUGGCGGAGCUGAAGGUGACGUGGAUCACCAAGAGUUACUCCCCCAAGGGCACGGACAGCGUCUACCCCCCUCCGUCCACCAUCUCACAGGAGAACCUCUGCAGAGUGAAGCGUCUGGGCUACUACGACCACACCCAGAGGCAGCUGGGGGAGAGGGCCCUGUACGUGUUCCCAGCCAAGGGAGACACCACACACAUCACCUGUGAGUGGCCCGACGGAGCCCCCGGACUCCCAGAGGACCCCGUAGCCAGGAAGUUGAAAAGAAUGUUCAAGAAGGAGUUGUUGGGGAAGAAGACCGGUGAAAAUGCAGACACACAAGGUGCCAACCAGCACUCCACCGACAACACGGACAGUCUUGACGGUGACCUCAAGCCUGACAACACCCACCCAGACUCCACCGACCACACCGCCCUCCCCCGCCCUCACCACCCCAACAACGGCCCCAACCACGUCCCCAACCACACCCACCAGCCCUCGCCCCUGUGCCCUCCCCCCUCUGACCCAUGGCCCGAGCCCGCGGAGCAGGAUGCAGACGACGAGGCCGGGGCGGAGGACACGGACGACACGUUGUCGCUGACGUCGUCGGCGAGCAGCACUGCGUCGUCGCAGAGCGGCGGUCUGGGGGGCCUGAACAGGAAGAAGAGCAUCCCGCUGUCCAUCCGCAACCUGAAGAGGAAGCACAAGAAAAAGAGGACCAAGUUCUCCCGCGAGUUCAAGCCCGGUGACAGGGUGGCGGUAGAGGUUGUGUCCACCAAGACCUCGGCCGACGUCCUCUGGAAAGAUGGCCGUAUGGAGACCCUCAUCCGCUCCAAUGACCUCAUCCCCAUCCAGCACCUGGACAACCACGAGUUCUGCCCCGGAGACUUUGUUGUCGACAAACGACCCCAAGCCCCUACGGACCCGGGCGUGUACGGGGUCAUCCAGUCGGGCGACCACAAAGGCAGGACGUGUGCUGUGAAGUGGAUCAAACUCAACGCCUCCAGCGACAACGUGGAGGUCACAGGAGAAGAGGAGGAUGUUAGUGUGUACGACAUCGCCGACCACCCAGACUUCCACUUCCGUACCACUGAUAUCGUCAUCAGGAUAGGGAACUCUGAGAACGGGCGAAAUACGGAGUGCGAGAACGAUACGUCAGUAGGUCAGGUCUUCAGAGUGGACGUGAGCAGCAAGGUGGAGGUGGUGUGGGCCGACAACUCCAUGACCAUCGUCCUACCACAGCACCUGUACAACGUGGAGUCUGAGAUCGAGGAGACUGACUAUGACUCUGUAGAGGAGAGCAGCAGUGGCCUGUCCACGGAGGAGUGGGAGGACGAGAGCGACAGCUGGGAGACUGACAACGGCCUGACCACCAACGAGGACGACCAGCACCCCGCCAACGACGACACCGCCACCCCGGCCCCCACCCCCACCGGCUCCAGCCCCUUCAUCAUCCCCCCAGAGGAGGGCGGCAAAGCAGGGGCCACCACCCACACCAAGCCACCUAACUCCUCAGAGGACCUGGAGGGAGCUGGGGCUAUAGUCAGCCCAGGCACCGGUGCUGGGGGAACCACUCCUGGAGCAGGAGGGGGUGAUGCYGCAGAGAAGCUCCCCGGGAAAGAGGGCACGCCGCGGGGCUUCCGUGAGCUCAAGGAGGCCCUGAAGAUCCUGGAGAGCCUGAAGAACAUGACGGUAGAGCAGCUAUGGACCGGCGUCUCGCCUACCUCGCCCACGUCCGGGGCCGCGCCCGCCGCCAACGGGACUAACGCCAACGCCGCCACUGCCAUCACGCCAGAGAAGCCCACCAAGGAGAAGCGCUUCCUGGAUGACAUCAAGAAGCUCCAGGAGAACCUGAGGAAGACCCUAGACAAUGUGGCCAUCGUGGAGGAGGAGCGGAUGGAGGCGGUGGUGGAGGGCGGGGCAGGAGGAAGUGGGAGUACGGAGGGAGGGGAAAGAGGGGGCGAAGAAAGGCCCCAGGAGGAGGCGGCAGCGGCGAAGACGCCAGGCACGGCGCCAGAGUGGCCAAGCGAUACGCCUGUUCUGUGCCAACAGAGUGGUGGCAAGCCCGGMGUCACCUUCACCAGUGCCAAGGGAGAGGUGUUCUCUGUGCUGGAGUGGUCACCAGACACCCACACCUUUAAGAAGAUGGAGUUCCAGCCGGCCGARGCCAAGAAGUUUUUCAGCACCGUGAGGAAGGAGAUGGCUCUGCUGGCCACCUCGCUGCCCGACGGCAUCAUGGUCAAAACCUUCGAGGACCGCAUGGACCUGUUCUCGGCUCUGAUCAAAGGGCCCACACGCACCCCUUACGAGGACGGCCUGUUCCUCUUCGACAUCCAGCUGCCAAACAUUUACCCGUCAGUGCCGCCCCUCUUCCGCUACCUGUCACAGUGCAGCGGGCGCCUCAACCCCAACCUCUACGACAACGGCAAGGUCUGCGUCAGCCUGCUGGGCACGUGGAUUGGCAAGGGUACAGAGAGGUGGACCAGCAAGUCUAGCCUGCUGCAAGUGCUCAUCUCCAUCCAAGGCCUGAUCCUGGUCAACGAGCCCUACUACAAUGAGGCAGGUUUCGACAGUGACCGGGGCCUGCAGGAGGGCUAUGAGAACAGUCGCUGCUACAACGAGAUGGCCCUCAUCAAGAUGGUGCAGUCCAUGACCCAGCUGCUGCGGACUCCCAUAGAGGUGUUCCAGCAGGAGAUCCGGCAGCACUUCACCUCUAGCGGCUGGCGCCUGGUGCACCGUCUGGAGGCCUGGCUGGAGCUCCACGAGCUAGCCGAGAGGGGCCCUCCGCCAAGACCAUCCCGGGACAGGCCUCCCUCAGUGGGGCCUCUAGACGAGACACUCCCCUUGGAUCUUCUGGCCCACAGUACCCCCAACAAGCCCCAGCACACCGGGGAUGAAGAGCUGGAGGACUCUGGCCUGAGCCUUUCCACCACCGCCGCUUCCCAGCAGGAGCUCAGCCAGAACUUGGACGGCGCCGUCUUGGCCAGUGAGGUGGCCGGGGCGAGCGUGGUGGUCUCCGGGUCUGUUCGGGCAGCCACCUCAGACUCUGCGGGCGGCAGCCAGCCGGCGGUGCGACCAAAGAAGCGCAGGAAGAGCUACCGGAGCUUCCUCCCCGAGCGGAGCGGGUACCCGGACAUUGGCUUCCCCCUCUUUCCUCUCUCCAAGGGCUUUGUGAAGAGCGUGCGCAGCGUGCUGCUGCAGUACCGGGCCGCCCUGGCCGCCGCCACCAUCCCCGACCACAUAGAGGACAAGUGACUAGUGACUCCCCCAACGCCCACCACCUCAAAGCCCACACUCCAAAAGCUGCACUGUGCCCCAAAUGAUUUCCCAAAUAGCCCCCCGUACGCUCUGAUCCCCCUUGCCCAACUGCUGCCCAGUGCCCCUGCCCCUCAGCCAUCUAUCUAGUGCACUCUUGCCCCCUCCUCCCCUCCCUCAGACCACUAGAAGUUAACUGGGUGUAUGCGCUUUUCCGUCAGUGUCCAGAGGCCAGACAGAGGCCAGAUGUGAAGGGAGAGGAGUGGGAGUGUCUUAUGGGGAUCUAAGCCACGGACCAUAAGCGCCCUGCCUCAUAUUGGACCCUCUGAGCUCUCAUGGACACACAGACAAGAAGCGAGAGCCUCGACUGAAAGGCAGCGCCACACGUCUGCCCCUCGUGGACCCUCCUAGGCCCUGACGGACGAGGAAGGAGAGGAGGAGAGAUGCAGAGCUGGUUUGAUUUAAAAAAUAAAAUAAAAAAAGUGCCAUUGACUUGCAUCGUCUAUAGCUGCUGUAAGGGGAAGUGGAAUUACCUGAAGAGAGACAUUCUUUGUGAAUUGCCGCCACAAAUUCAAUUUCUUAGCACAAAUUAAAAUGUUACUCCGCCGUGUCAA